AUGGAGACGGCGACGCGUAGUAUUGCGCUCGGUCAGGGUUUACAUACACCGCUUCUGCUUCCGGUCGGUUGCGGUGGACUGCUGGUACCGUCGCAGAAACCGCUGGCCACGCUGGCCGUGAACGGUGGUACGCAGAGCAACAUCAUCGGUUCGAGCUCCUCGGCGUCGAUCCUUGGCAAGCGGCCACUCGCACCAGCCACCGGUGGCUGCACAACAACGUCGGCCACGAGCGCGAUGACCACGACGGCAGCAGCCAGCUCAACCGCAGCCAGCAGUCUGCUCUCCUCGAUGUCGCUGUCCGCCAAGUCCGCCCUGUCCUCGCUGGAGUCCCACCACCACCUGCACCAACACCGAUCGAAGGUGGGACCGGUGUCGACGGUCGGCAAGAAGUACGCCUACUGUGGGCUACCGUACGCGACCCCUCAACAAUCAGCCUCGGUGCAGCGCCGGAACGCGCGCGAACGCAACCGCGUCAAGCAGGUGAACAAUGGGUUCGCCAACCUGCGCCAGCACAUCCCAUCAACCGUAGUGACGGCGCUGACCAAUGGGACGCGCGGUACCAACAAGAAGCUCAGUAAGGUCGACACACUCCGGCUGGCGGUCGAGUACAUCCGAAGCCUGAAGCGCAUGCUGGACGAGAACGCGGGCGAGACGGGGUUGGCGGUGGCGAUCGCGGCCACCACCGGUUCCACCAAGCAGAAGCAACAGCAACAACCGACCAGCAGCAGCACGCAGCUCUCGAACAGUUCGGUCUGCUCGGCCUCAUCCGGUUCGACCUACUACGGUACGAUGUCGGAACCAUCGAUCGCGUCCUCGCCGGCACCGUCGCACAUGUCCGACGGUUCGUCGCACGGUGGCGAUAGCGUCACACCGCACGGUUGCUUCACCCAGAUCAGUGGCAACUUCAAGCACGAACCGUACGAUCUGUACGUCGAUCCGCUCAACUCACCGACACCGUCGUACGGUUCCGAUCACGGUAUCGGUGGUAUCGGUAGUAGCCAGCAGCACCUUGGUUCCGUUGCUGGCCAUCAGACGAUUGUGCAUGACGGUCCCACCACCACCACCACUAUUCUGCCCUCGUCCGCCACCGACAACAACAACUACAUCCUGGCCACACAACAGCAUGCACCGCACCUUCAGCAGCAGCAACAACAACACCACCAGACUCUGCAGCAUCACCAGCAGCAGCAGCAGCAGCAGCAGUUCAAGACGGAGCUCGCGUACGACGACUCACCGUACGAUGAGGAGCUCAGCCCGCAGAAUCCGGACGAUGAGGAGCUGCUCGAUGCCAUCUCCUGGUGGCAGCAACAGUAG